GACUUUGGCUUUGACACCGCCUGAGAACCGGAGCCUUGUGGCUGGUGCUGUGUCUGGACCGGCUCUGGCGGAUCCCGUGCCCGAGUUGGGCUCGGGACUUUUUGCCGGGAUAAACGCAGCUGCGGCGCCGCCGCAAGUCUUGGUGCAGCCUCCGCGGCGGAUUUCGCCGCCGCUGCCGCCGUCUUCGAGCAGCCCCGCGGCUUCUGUUUGUUCACUCUGAGAGAGCGAUGCUGAGUUUCUCCCGCAGAAAGAGCCGGGACAGGCAGACCGAGGCGGCGUAGGAGGCUUCCAGGGCCCGGCCAGUGACCUGCACCUCCGCGGGCGCCUCGACUGGAGGCAGGGUGCCCGCGCUGUCCGGGGCUGGGCUUAGGCUUCAGAGCCGCAGGUGGAAGAGGAACCGGCGCCCCGCGGAGUGGCCCAGAGGCGGCCAAGUGAACGGCAUGGAGGAUUCGGUGUGUCUAUAGUAACCACCUCUUCAGCCCUUGAAUCCUGCACCUUCCAUUUUUCAGUGCUUGUACGCCCUACUGGGCUUCCUCCCAAGCCAGAGAUCUCUUUUGCAGCGGUGAGGCCUUCCUGGGCCCUGAUCCUGGAGGACCAUGGGGAGCACCCUGGGCUGCCACCGCUCCAUCCCGAGGGACCCCUCGGACCUGUCCCAUAGCCGCAAGUUCAGCGCAGCCUGUAACUUCAGCAACAUCCUGGUGAAUCAGGAGCGGCUCAACAUCAACACUGCCACAGAGGAGGAGCUGAUGACGCUGCCUGGUGUAACACGUGCUGUGGCACGCAGCAUUGUGGAAUACCGAGAGUAUAUUGGUGGCUUCAAGAAGGUGGAGGACCUGGCACUGGUCAGUGGUGUAGGCGCCACCAAGCUGGAGCAGGUCAAGUUUGAGAUCUGUGUGAGCAGCAAGGGCAGCUCCGCGCAGCACUCUCCCAGCUCCCUGCGGCGGGACCUGCUGGCGGAGCAGCAGCCUCACCACCUGGCCACAGCUGUGCCCCUCACCCCGCGUGUCAACAUCAACACAGCCACCCCGGCCCAGCUCAUGAGUGUGCGAGGCCUCUCGGAGAAAAUGGCCCUCAGCAUCGUGGACUUCCGGCGCGAGCAUGGGCCCUUUCGCAGCGUUGAGGACCUAGUGAGGAUGGAUGGUAUCAAUGCCGCCUUCCUGGACAGGAUACGACACCAGGUGUUUGCUGAGCGGUCCAGGCCACCAUCCACCCACACAAACGGGGGCCUGACCUUCACCGCCAAGCCUCACCCGAGCCCUACCUCCCUGAGCCUGCAGAGUGAGGACCUGGACCUGCCACCAGGGGGGCCCACGCAGAUUAUCUCCACUCGGCCCUCCGUGGAGGCCUUUGGAGGCACAAGGGAUGGGAGGCCUGUGCUGAGGCUGGCUACCUGGAACUUGCAGGGCUGUUCCGUGGAGAAGGCCAACAACCCUGGGGUGAGAGAGGUGGUGUGCAUGACACUCCUGGAAAACAGCAUCAAGCUUCUAGCUGUGCAAGAACUGCUUGACAGAGAGGCCUUGGAAAAGUUCUGCAUGGAGCUAAACCAGCCGACCCUGCCCAACAUCCGCAAGUGGAAGGGGCCCCGGGGAUGCUGGAAAGCUGUGGUUGCUGAGAAGCCCUCGAGUCAGCUCCAGAAGGGAGCCGGGUAUGCGGGAUUCCUGUGGGAUGCAGCAGCCAGCGUGGAGCUGAGAGAUGCCGGCUCACAGGAGAGCUCACCCAGCAACGGGCACGGGAAGCCAGCGGGCCCCAGCCCAUACCUCGCGCGAUUCAAGGUGGGAAGUCACGACCUGACCCUUGUUAACCUUCACCUGGCAGCCCUGACCCUCCCGGGGAGCGAGAAUCCAAGCAAGAAUCACAGUGAUGGCCACCGGUUGGCGAGCUUUGCACAGACCCUACAGGAAACCCUGAAAGGAGAAAAAGAUGUCAUUAUUUUAGGGGAUUUUGGCCAAGGGCCAGACAGCAAUGACUAUGAUAUCCUGAGGAAAGAAAAAUUCCACCACCUGAUCCCCGCGCACACCUUCACCAACAUCAGCACCAAGAACCCUCAAGGCUCGAAGUCUCUGGACAACAUCUGGAUCAGCAAAAGCUUAAAGAAGGUUUUCACAGGUCACUGGGCUGUGGUGAGAGAGGGCCUCACAAACCCGUGGAUUCCAGAUAACUGGUCUUGGGGCGGGGUGGCUUCUGAACACUGCCCGGUGCUCGCUGAGCUCUACAUGGAAAAGGACUGGAGCAAGAAGGACGCCCCUCGGAAUGGCAGCGGGGUGGCCUUGGAGCGAAGUGAAGCCAACAUCAAGCAUGAGCGAUGAUGACACCAAACUCAUGUGUCCACCUUCGGACCCAGGAGGGCACAGCCAAGGAGUGAGCCCUGAGGGUGACACUUCAGGGCCAGUUGCCUUUUAAUCUUCAUUCUCAGAGCAUCAGCACUGGGGCUUUGCCUCACGCCUUCUCUGUGGACCAUUAAGGACCUCCGGGGGGGUGGGGUGCCACCAGGCAGGCGAAGCAGAAGCCCGUGGGGAACGGAGAUGCCUUUUAUCUCUAGAUGCCACGGACCUGAGCAGCAUCGGGCUGCUGUCUGCUGCUGACUGGAUGGUGGCACAAGGACAGCUGGAGCAGAGGGAGGAGAAGAGAUGCUCAAGCUGCCAGGCCCUGGCCCAGCAGCACCAGAAGCUCUCAUUUCUGACCACCAGGCUGUGACGUUCCAGCUGCACAUUAUGGAAAGCUUUUAACUGUGAUCGGGCGCUCUGCUCAGAUACAUUGAGUGGUGAUUUUUAGUUUUGUUUUGAAAAAAUAAACAGAGAUUAACCUGC